ACAACAACAACAAAAAUAAAACUAAAUAGAAUAAUUCAAAGCAGUGCAAAUUAAACAAAGCAAAGAAAUUGCAAAAAAAAUUUUAAAACGGCAUGGAAAAAUCUACAGAUUCUGCAACAACACCAACGCCGCCGUCGUCCGCCUCAAGUGCUGGAGUUGGUGGAGCAUCCACAGCAACGACAACGACGACGUCGCCAACUUGUAAUGGUGUAGCAAAUCAUUGUGAUAGCAAUAUUGCAACAAUGUCCAGCUAUAUGUUGAAACCAGCGUCACCCAGCAGCACCACAACUAGAGUAGCAAAUAAUAAUAUCAAUAAAAAUACAAAUAUUGGGUGUGGUUCAACAGCGUCAUCAUUAUCAAUGCCAUCAGUUACAAGACACACAAGAGAGCAUACGGAUGCGACAGUAACUGCUGUUAACGGCGUUACUUCCUCCGUAAAAACAGACACUAAUAAUGCCUCCAACGUUGCCGCAUUUUCUACCUCCUCCAGCGACACAUUACAGUCUUCAUCAACAUACGCAUCCGCAUCCGCAGCCCCAGCUUCAGCAUCCACCACCGACAACAUCACCUCCUCCUCCUCCACAACAAAUAGCAGUAAUGGUUCUACAUCCUCCACAAUAGCUGCCGCUAUGGCGAGACAUGGCGCAUUUAUACUACCCUCAUCGCGCACAAUGCCUUUGGGUGGCGCACUAGCCGCCACUACAUUGCAGCACACAUCAUCGCCGCAUGCCGUACAACUACCCCACAUCAAUUUGAAUAUAAAUACGACGACUGGUGGUAAUUUCGGUGUGACGGUAGAUCCACAAAUCUCGGUGGAGAACUUAAAGAAGAUAAUCGCUAAGAAGCUAAAGGUGGCCAAGGAUCGUAUAUGUUUGUUGCAUCGUGAAAAAGAAUUGCAGGAUGGCACAUUAAAGGAUAAUAAUCUUAUGGAUGGUUCCAGAAUUAUAUUGAUUCCAAACGUGGAAACGGGAUUACUGGCCCAACGUCCCGAGAACACCGUCAUGCAAGCGCUGGAGUCCCUCAACGAUUCGCAAGUGAAUGAUUUCCUUAGCGGUAAGACCCCCUUGAAUCUGAGUAUGCGUCUGGGUGACCAUAUGAUGCUCAUCCAAUUGCAAUUGAGCACCGUGAAUCCGGCAAAUGGUGGAAGUUCAUCUAAUGCUGGCGCAAGUGGUUCCAGUUGUCAUGGCAGCAGCACCACUGCGCUGCGUGCACGCUCCAGUCAACGCAAUAAUCGUUCGGCACUUGCGGCGUCCGCUAGCCACAGUCACAGUCACAAUCAUAACCACCAUCAUCAUCAUCACCACCAUCACCAUCAUCAACAGCAACAGCAACAGCAACAGCAGCAGCAGCAGCAGCAGCAGCAAAUCACAUCUACCGCCGGCAAUCAUCACCAACAGCGCAGCACUAACGGUAGUUCGACAUCUGCCACGGUUAACCGUAUACCGAGCACCACAAGUAGUUCGAACACAACGCAUGGCGUUGUAAAAUCCAGUAGCAGCAGCGGCGGCUCACUAAAGAGCUCAGAUCUCAGCUCGAUACUGAGUAAGCGUGACUAUGAAAAUCUACAGAAUAUUGUCAAGAGCAUUGCUAUGUCACAGCCAGCGGCACGCUUAACAUCGCCACCACUGAGUCAAAUGCUGGCACAACAAGUGCGUCCGUGCGCACCAAACGCACCAUCCUCGCUAGCCCAUCCUGUCGCCACAUCAGCAAACACAGGCUUCCACAGCUCGCAUACUUCCACGUCUACCGCCGUGAACGAAGCAGAGAGUGCCGGUGGUACUGCCUCGUCGGCUUUACUAGAGCAGUCUCCCAUUAAAUCACUAUCGAAUCUUGUGUCGAGUCCCAUCAAAACGGCCGCCAUAAAAAGUAUACCCAUCACAGCAAAAAGCAGCGUUGGUGGUGGUAGUUGUGAAAGUAGCAGCAACGGUAGCGCCAGCACAAGCACUGCUAUGGAAACAACGUGUCAGCAAGAUCCAAUCGCUGCGAAGCUCACCUCGUGUCUAUGUACACGUCUAAACGGUGUUACUGCCGACAAAGAUGGUAGCUGCAUGGAGACCUCACUUCCUACAAGCUCAGAAGAGGCAAUGAUUACAGAGAGUGGCAGUGCAGUAAGCGCAACACAGGGGCUCAGCGGCACGACUUUACAUAAACUUGUCGCUGGAAGCAAUGGCAGCACAACUGCAACAGCCAACGCCUCCACUUCCUCUACUCUACACAAGACCGCCAACAAUCCAAUUACGCGUUCGAAGCAUCGCAGCCAUCACCAUCACCACCACCACCAUCACCAUCAUCACUACCAUCAUCAGCAACAGCAGCAGCAUAGUAGCAAGACGCUAACACCCCUAGUACGCCCCAAGGCUAGCUCGAGUCCCUUACCUCGUCCCAUACCGUUAAACUCACGCAGUUUGGAGGACAACAGCUUAGCUACUGGUAGCGACUCUAAGAUGCUCACAGCAGCAUUGAGUGGAACUCAAAAGUUGCAAGCUAGCACAGCAUCUACCAACGUACCAGUAAAAAGCGCAGGCGGCGGCAGCGCCGAAUUGGAUGAUGCCAACGUUACCGUUUCAGAUUCGCGUACACUCGCCGAGGCAUCGCGUAAUUUAACACAAACUCUGCGUAAACUCUCGAAAGAAGUGUUCACCAACAAGAUUGAUCUGUCUGGCGUCGAGGAGGCGCCACGCAAGAGUAACUCAGGCGCAGUUAUUGAAUCGAUGAAGAACCAUGGAAAGGGCAUCUACUCCGGCACCUUCUCGGGCACACUCAAUCCAGCGUUGCAAGAUCGUUAUGGACGUCCCAAGCGCGACAUCUCCACCGUUAUACAUAUUUUAAACGAUUUGCUAAGCGCUACGCCGCAAUAUAGUCGCGGUGCACGCAUAAGCUUCGAGGCGCCAAGCACAUCAUCUGCAGCGGGUGGUAGCGGCAGUAAUGGCACAGCUGUGCAUGGCAUACGCAGCAGCAAGCAGCUCACCUUGAAGCAUCACUACCAUCAUCAGCACUCACAGUCCUGUGUCAAGUGUAUCAAAUCGCAACAACAACACGGCAGCAACAGCACCAACGGCGGCACUUGCACUUACGGCGAAUGCAACGGUCACUAUGCCAGCAGCAAAUCUUCUUCCUCCUCUGCCAGUCGCAGCAGCACUCACGCCUGUUGCAAAGAUAAUGCGGCCACCUCGAACACCAAUCACCACGCCGCCCAUGAGCGCACCAUCUGCCAAUGCCGUUAUCGCAACAACACCGAAACGGGCGAACGUGAAGUGGAACAAAUGUGCCAAAAAUGCAUCACAGAUAUGGAAAAUACCAAAAUGAAAUCGAAAAUCGACCAACUACGUCAAGUAAUGUUGCAGAGCAAACAGCGUCGGGAGGCACGCAAAUUGAAAGGUGCACCCUACGGCGCUCGCACGGUCAACGGUGGUGCCGGUGGUGGCGGCAUUGGUGGUUCACCGACCAAAACCGCAACUACAACAACCACAACUGCUGUGGCUGCAGUUUGUGCAAACGCCAAUGCGGCAGCGGCGAUGUCGGCGAAUGCCACACAAUCAUCGUUGAGCUCAACAAGCCCCCAACAGCUGGCCAGCAAUAGUAAUAACACGACGACAGCACCGACGGCGGCACCCAGUGAAGUAUCGCCGAAUCAUAUUGUAGAGGAGGUGGAUACGGCGGCUUAAGUCUUUACCCGAAUGUGUGUAAAAUAAAAAGAAAAUGGAAAAUCAGGAAUCACAUCUAUAAAAAUUAGUUUCUCGUGUCCUAACUUGUAGCAUUUAUUAGUUUAUUCAAUAGGAAAAUUCUUUGCAAAAGAGAACUUCACUAUCCCACAUCGCUUUUGAGUGAAAAAAUGCAUUAAAAAAAAUCUAUUAAAAAAUUAAACUUACAAAAAAGCAAAAAAUUCUAAGCAUUAAAA